CUCCCCUCCCUUUCCCCCUCUCAGCCUCACCUACCUCCUCUUCUUCCUCUUCACCUCCCUCCAUCUCUACGCCAAUGUCCGGGCAGUGCGAUCCGUCGUCAUGGAGACUGUGAACCGGGGGAGACUUCGGAUACUCCUGGAGGACUUCCUGAGAGAGGGGGCAGUUCCCUCUCCCCCCUCUGUUAACGCCCGGGAACCUCUCCUGCCUGUGCUGUGGGAGAGAGAGAGAUUGAUUCUGGGUGCCCCUCUUCACCGCGUUGUUGGCAGCACUUAUGAACUUAAAAAGGCCACAGAGAAUAAUACAAAGAAUUAUUUACUUGGAAUACAUAAAAAGAAGGGUGAGGUGUGUGUGUCGUUACGGGAGGGAUCGGGAAGCCUCGAUGUGUUACAAGCUGCGUUCCAUGCGGAAUUAUUGUUCCUGAUCCUGAACCGCGAUCUCUCCGAGUUUCCCAUGGAAAAUCGUAAAUUAACAGACCUGCAGCGAAAUGCGAGAGCAGAGAUGGAUGAUCGACUCUGGAGGCUGGUGUCAGACACGCACUCCGUGAUGGAUGAGCUUUGGACUCCUCUGCUCCGGGGAGUAUCCUCCAAUGGCUGGGACACACAGAGAGAACAACUGGGGAAGGAGGAGUGGAGGGGGUGUUGGGGACUGGUAAAGUGGGAGUGAUGGAGGGGGUGACAGAGAGGCAGGGAA